AAAAUCCCUGAUUUUCAAAAUGUUUGGAACCAAUGGAUGCUCACUCAUCCCACCUGACGGCGCCGGGCCGGUCGCGGAGUUCACAAUCUCCAUCACCCUCGCAUUCGGCGUCUGCCUCAGCAACCUCGUCGAUCCACAAACGCAAGAUGGCAUCUGACGACCACGCGCCGCCUUUCCCGUCCUCCUUCUCCGACACGCGCGACGGCGCUCUCACCUCCAACGAUGACCUAGAGAGUAUCAGCGCCCGCGGAGGCGGUGCUGAUUCCGAUUCCGAAGACGACUCCGAAGAGGUGGGUGAUGAUGACGAGGAAGAUUACGAUGGCUCUUCCAUGCGCAAUUUCACUGCGUCGCGGUUGGAGAAUAGUGCACCCUCUGGGUCAGGGAGGAAUACUAAGCUUAAGAGUGAUAAUUCGGUGAAAAUUGAGUCGUCGGAGGUAGUGAAAGAGGGUUGUGUAAUGCCACCUACAGCUGCUGCUGGUUCUGUUUCAGGGGCGGUGGUUAAGGAUGAGAGUAUGAAGAACAUUUUUACUGACAAUUUACAGACCAGUGGUGCCUACACUGCAAGGGAAGAGAGCUUAAAGAGAGAGGAGGAGUCUGGAAGACUCAAGUUUGCAUGUGUUUCAAACGAUGGUAUUGAUGAGCACAUGAUUUGGUUAAUAGGAUUGAAGAAUAUAUUUGCGAGGCAACUCCCAAACAUGCCUAAGGAAUAUAUUGUUCGUCUUGUGAUGGACAGGAGCCAUAAGUCUGUAAUGGUCAUCCGACGUAAUCUGGUGGUUGGUGGUAUAACAUAUCGUCCAUAUGCCAGCCAGAAGUUUGGGGAGAUAGCUUUUUGUGCAAUAACAGCAGAUGAACAAGUUAAGGGUUAUGGCACCAGACUGAUGAAUCACUUAAAGCAGCAUGCUCGUGAUGUGGAUGGGCUGACUCAUUUUCUAACAUAUGCUGACAACAAUGCUGUUGGUUACUUUGUCAAACAGGGAUUCACGAAAGAGAUUUAUUUAGAGAAAGAGCGUUGGCAAGGGUAUAUUAAAGAUUAUGACGGUGGAAUUCUUAUGGAAUGCAAAAUAGAUCCAAAGCUUCCAUAUACUGAUUUAUCUACCAUGAUACGUCGUCAAAGGCAGGCAAUUGAUGAAAAGAUAAGGGAGCUAUCAAAUUGUCAUAUUGUCUACCCAGGAAUUGAUUUUCAGAAGAAAGAAGCUGGCAUUCCUAAAAAAGCCAUCAAGGUUGAAGAUAUCCCCGGCUUGAGAAGAAGCCGACGAGGGGUAAUGCUUUAUUCAACAUCAAUGGAGAAGUCCGGGUUAGCUGUGUCUCAUGAACAACCAAAGGCGUUAACUUAUGAUAAAAUCACAUGCAUUGUGAUUACUGGGGAAAGCCAAGGCAUACAAAGGAGACAUGUCGGAAACUGUAGACCGACUAGAGGCCGUGGAGGAAAACAUGUAGGUCUAUCAAGGGUUCAAGCUAAUAUUACAGAAAAUAUUGAGACAUUCGGGGAAACUGCUACUGGAGAAGCUUUUUCUUCGAAUGAAGUUCAGCAUCUUCGCCGUCUCCUGAACAAACUUGAUUCUUUUAAUGUUGCCACUUCCAAUUACAUGCAGAUAAUGCAUGACCAUCCUGAUUCGUGGCCGUUCAAAGAACCUGUUGAUGCACGGGAUGUUCCCGAUUAUUAUGACAUCAUCAAAGAUCCAAUAGAUCUAAAAACAAUGUCGAAGCGCGUUGAGUCGGAGUUAUAUUAUGUGACAUUUGAUAUGUUUGUUGCGGAUGUCAGAAGGAUGUUUGCUAAUGCUCGCACCUACAAUUCUCCGGAGACAAUUUACUACAAAUGUGCAACCAGGCUUGAGUCACAUUUCUCAAACAAAGUUCAAGCUGGUCUACAGUCUGGUAUCAAGAUUCAAUAGGAAGUUUCUUAUUAGCAAUUUAGUUUGAUUCUGGUUGAACUGACUGCACUUGAAUCUCUUCAUAUCUGAUGUCUUAUCGUAUCCUCCAAUAUUUAGAAUUUUUUUUUUCUGGGGGGGGGAUAUUAUUGUAGAAUUUGUAGAGCGAGUGGAUGUAUAAUUGUUAUUUUAUUUUAAUGUGAGCUUUUCAAUGGAUUUUAUUUUGUAAGAUGAUAUUUUUCGUA